CUCUAUACCCUUACACCCUUAUAUUAUAGCGUACAAAGUAUACAGAGUGAAAUUAUUUGAAAUGGUUCGUAGCUUCAGGGGCGCCGUACAGGCGACACCAGUUGGCAGUUUCCUCUAAACGUCUCGGGGUGGAUGACGGAUCCACCCUCGAGUUAGUACGUUAUUUUUACUAUUGUAUACACUCGUCUCUAGUCUCCAAUUAAAUCGCGCAAAUAUAUUCCUUACUUUUCAAAUUUAAAUUUAUUCUUAAACUAUUUUUUUAAAUAAUUCCCGCUUAAAUUUAUUCAUUUUAUUGCUAAAAAUUUAUUUAACCAGCAAUUAAGUAAUUUUAGAUUUUUUAUUUGGAAAAAUUAAUUAUUCAAAAUUAAUUAACGAUAACGAAAAAAAAUUUUAUUUUUGAAAUUUUUAAUUAUUUACAAGUGAAUAGUGAUGCGCAUUGUGAUCUAGUGUAAUUAUAAAUAAUUACGUAAUAUAAGUAAUUAAAAAAGUUUUAAUAAAUUUUUAUAUGGUUGAAAAUUUUUGAAAAAUGAAUCGAGAUAAUGAAGAACAACGACCAACAUCACAAACUUUGUGCGGUGCAUUGCAAAAAGAAGCUAAUUGCAAGUGUUUAGUAUUGUCAGUAUUAAUUUAUGGUUGCCUUGCUGCUGUCACGUGGUGUAGGUGCGCUAAUAUUACGAAGAUUGUAAUUAAUUUUUCAAAAUACCCGCUCAAAAGUACAAGACACGUGUCACCUUGUGAUGAUGGCUAUAUUUACAUUCCUGUUGCAUUCAUGGGAAUGCUUUAUUUAGUUUAUUUAGUAGAAUGUUAUCAUUCGCCAAUACGAAUUGAUUUAUUACAUGGCGAAAGUCAGGAUAGCGUUUUAUCAAAACUGUCUCAAUUACGUCUUGCUCAACCGACUAUUUGGUGGAAAGCUGUUUCCUAUCAUUAUGUCAGAAGAAAACGACAAAUUGUACGUUAUCGAAAUGGUGAUAACUAUACGACUACACAAGUGUAUUAUGAACGAGUAAACACUCAUGCAGCGACUUCCUUUUAUUUUUAUGACUAUUGUGGUGUUAAGGACAUAAGCAAGGAUCUUGUGAUGGAUCCAAAAAUUCCAAUAACUAAAAUUAAUUUAAGUAAAGGGUUCGCAUUUUCAAACAUGAGAUCUGCCACUGAAUUCGAGGAGGCGAGAUCAAGAUUUUUUGCUGAACAAGAAUUACGUGAUGAUUACAUGGAAAUGCGUGAAGGUUUAGAUCUCGGUUACAAUUUCAAUACAUCAACGACCCUGGUCGCAGUUUUAGGCAGACCAUGGUUCACAAACACUUACGUAUAUUGGUGUCUAAGUGCUCUUCUGCUCAGCUGGCCACUGAGAAUAAUAAUCGAAUGUAAAACCCAGUACGCAAAUUACCAAGUGACUAAAUUAUUUGGCGUUAAUUAUGAUACACCAUCCAGUACCCAAAUUCACGCAUCCCCAAGUCAAUUAAGCGCACCUGGUUCUUACAUGCUGGCACCUAGUUAUUCCGAAGCAUUAUUAAUGGAGCCAGCGGCUUCAUCGUCAUCAACAUCCGCGGAAAACGGAGUCACCAGUGAUUCAGACAAUGAAAUGUUGGUACCAAGUUACUCGGAGGCACUUUUAUAUGAACGUGCUGCUGUAGCUUCUUCAUGUCCAUCAACAUCCAACGCAAUAACCCAAUCAGAUGUUAAUAAUGUAGCCUGUACUGUCGGUAGAAGUACAACAAAUUCAAGUUUAUAUGCUAUCGUUGAAAAUCCAUCAACUUUUGAAUGCAAUUGUCACUGUCAUCAAUUACAAAUACAUGAUAAUAAUGAUAGUAAUAUUUAUUACAAUACUAGUAACAGUAAUAAUAAUAAUAAUAAUAAUGUUAAUAAUAGUUUAAGGGGACAGUCAAGUCCUGACAUACGUGCCUGUAAUAAUUGCAGUGCUUCGAACAAUCACUUAAUUAUAAAUAAUUCAGGGAUAACAAGUAAUAUAAAUAAAAUAACACGUGAUGUUUCCGCGCCAAAUUUGAAUAGUUAUUCGAGUGAUUUUAUGAAAAAUAAUAGUUUACAAGUGCUUAGAGCUAAUGGACGUAGUUUAGAGAGUAUACUCGAGAGUGAAGAGACUAUUAGCUUAAGAGAUAUUGAUGAAAGAGUAAGAAUUAAUACUAUGCGUGGAGCUAUUCCGAAAAACUGUAGAAGAUCGAGUGUCUUGAGGGAUAGUAAACUCGAUAUUAAUGAUAGUAGAAUGGAGGAGGGGAGAAUUAAUGAUAAAAUUCCUGCUUCGAAAACCUAUUUUUGUCUCAAGUCUAUUUUGAAGAAGAAGAAGCAGAAUAAGAGACGAUACACACUAGUUACUACUGAAGAAUUGAAAUAUUUGAAUGAUCGUCAUGAGGAUCCGAGAGUCGAUGAUAGUGAAACUGUUAUUUUUUUGCAAGAAACUCCGGAGAAGAGGAGGUGGGUUGAAAUGAGUGAGGGUAAACGUGAUAAUCCGUAUAGAACACUUAUUUUUGCAAGUCCAAUACACGAAGUAUGCCGUUCAAAUGAUCCAUUUAUUGUUGAUGAUAAUGGAAAAAGCCAAGACGAAUUACCUGAUAAUAAUAUUUCAGAUCUUCCAGUUUUAACUCGAUUAGGACGAUCAUUGACAGUUUUAAGUGAAUCUGAAUUACCUUCAACAACUCCUCACAACACUAAUAAUACUAAUAGUAAUAGUAAUAGUAAUAAUAAACGAAAAAAUAAACAACGUUCGAAGCACCAUAGAACAUUGAGUAUAGAGCCAGAAUAUUUACAAUUUUUUACGUCUUCCGACGACACUAGUUCUCCAUUCCAACAAAGUACUAGUCUUACGACAACUAGUAAUACUAAUAAUUUUGUUAAUAAUGGCACUCGUUUAACCCGAUCUUUAACUGAAAGACGGUCAAAAACUUCCAUUAGAGAUAAAUUUAUACGAAGAAGUUUUACCGAUGAACGUACCGAUUUUGGUAGCAAACGGAUUAAUUUCAGUUUGGAAACUUCUUUAUAAUAAGCGAUAAAAUUUUUCAAAAAUUAGCUGAAUGCAAUCCAAUAUUAUUUUAAAUAAAAAAUAAAAUUACGUUUUGCGCAUAAAUUUACUGAGUAUUUUAUAUAAAAUCGCUCCGUUUUUUUUCACAUCUUUGGUUUUUAGGAUCAACUAAAAUAUAAUAAAAAUUAAACGGAAGGGAAGCUUACGAUUGGGUGAAAGUAAAAAAUCUCUAGAUAGAAAAUAAAUUAAUUUUGACAAGCUCUGGGCUUCCGGUAACUUAAAACAUCUUUACGUGACUGCAAUAUAAAUCUUAAGCUUAUAUUGCAAUGUCACGAUAGGUGAACAUGUCGCCGUUUUUUCCACAUGUUGCGCAAUGUACUAUUGAGGUCAAAGUUGAAGAAAUGGUUUGAAAAAAAUCCCGGCAGCUCUCAUGAAAUUCAAAAGGAAAACAAAAUGGCAGAUUUUAUAUGAGAUACUCUACAUAUAGCUCAAUAUAUUUAAUAAAAUAUAUAUAUAUUAGUAAAAAUAUAAUAGAUAAAGAAUAAUAUAAGAAAGAAAGUUUGAAAGUUUAGUCAUUUAUUGUGACGUAAUAAAAUGCACAAUCGUGAAAAAAAUAUAUAAUGUUGUAAUAUUUUGAUUAAAAAAUAUGCUCGGGUGUAUAUUUAUUUUCACUAUUUUUUCUUGUGAGUAAUUGAUAUUUAUAAACUAAAUUUUAGACAAAAUUAAUAUGGAUUUUAUAAAAUAUUUAAAACACUUCAUUCUCAAAACUUUUUUUUUUUCAAACCACAUUGCCAGUUAAUUGAUAGAAAAAUUUAUGAAAAUUCGAUAGUUCAUAAUUUUUUGAAAAUGAAUUAUUUAAUUAAAUUUAAUUAGACAUUAAUUUGUUUAAAUAUAAAUAAUAUGCUCGCAAAAAAUGACAAAUUAAUUAGUAAAUCUCUUUGUAUUGUCAAUUGUGAAGCUUCCGGCUAAAGAGAUUGCGUUAUAAAAAAAAAGUUAUUAAAUAAUACUAUUGUAUUUUAUGAAAAAAAAAAAAGAAAAAAGUAAUUAUUAAGCUCGAAUAUGUGAUAUAAUCGCUGAAUUUAUUUAAUUAUAUAUAUUUACUAAUGAAAAAUUACAAAAAAAUAUUUGUGCAAUUAAAAAAAAAAAGAAAUAUUUAAAAUUUUUAUUAAUAAUAAUGAAAAAAAAUUAAACAAAUAUUUGAAUAAAAAAAAAAAAAAGACCAAAAAAUAUUUUGCGCUUUAUACAUUAACAAUAAAGUCUUUCUAAACUGCCACAUUAGUUGAUAAAAUUUAGCAAGCAUUAUAUAUUUUUUUUGUGGUCGUACUUAAAAUUAAAAAGAAAUAUUUUAACAAUACAGUUUUUGAAGAUGUGUUGUUAGCUGUAAGCAAUUGAAAUUAGAUAAUCAACUUUUAAUUUAAAUACCAAAAAUAUAAUCAGUGAUUUCCACAGUAUUAAGAAUUAAGGUAAAAGUCCCUGUACCCGCUCAGUACCAUUACUCGCUCACUCUCAGACAGCAUUCAAGUCAGAAUGACUGCUUUACUUAGUCUUUUUGAAGGAGUCCUCAAGAAGUCUUAUAAUGACUUCUUAAAGGUGUCAUUUUUAAGAACUCCUAAUUAAGAGUUCUUGAAGACUCCAUAAAUAAGACGUCAGUUUUGUCAAGUCUAAAUCUAUUCUCUUUUAACUUCUUUAUGAAGUCAAAGUUAGGAGCUCCUUAAGACGUCAUGGUAAAUUCAUACUGAAGUCUUAUGUGUAAAGUCAAAAAAAAGAACUCUUUUUAAAGGUCUUACUGAGUUCGCUAGGUGGCUCAUUCGACAUCUUGAGAACUUCUUAAAGACUUCUUCAAGAUGUUGAUGAGACGUAAAAAUCAUAAAUAGGAACUCAUUCAGAACUCAUCAAGACGUCGUGUUGCUAUCUGGGCUGUAACUGUUUAAUGAGAUUUAUUAUAAUUUUGAUGAAAAAAAAAUUUCAACUAAAUUAAUUAUUUGUGAAUCUAAAUGUAUUAAAAUAUAAUAAUGAGUGUGAAUGUAGCAGACAUCAGUCAAAUUUAAAAUUAUAAAUAAAUUGAGUGAAUAAUUAACGAAAUAAAAUUUUUAAAAAA